UCCCGCAAUCUCUAAUCCGGCUCAGCCAACAGACUAGAAUGACGAGCUUCCUGCCUACGUUAUCUUGUUUUCAGGGGAUUUUUUCACUUUAACUACUAAAAGGUAACUACGUGAUAACGAAAUCUGACAUAGAGACGCCGAGUUUGUGUCGCGAAGGAGCUAAAGGCUAAACAGUUUCGUCGUGACGGUCAGCGAUGUUCUUUGUAUGCAUGUUGUCUUCCAGUGGCCAAGGACGGGGAACUGGAAAACCACAAAGAGACUGAGCCUGUGUGUUGAUCGAGCGAAGUGUCAUCCGAAUUUAAAUAAAAUAUCCCAAGCAUUAAUUCGCCGGGAUUGUCAUAGUUUUUAAGGCACGUUCAAUGCAGCGGUCGUCUCUUGACUUCUUCGUCGAGUGGAAGCAGGCAUUCUCCAGUUGCAGUAGGUUCCCUUUACAUUAAUCUCUUCCGGCAAAGUCACUACAGAAGGGAAAUAGGCCUGUUACUGCAAUUAAAGAGAAUUUAUGGGAUCACAAGUUUCAUCUGAUGAGAUGAGCGUGCGAGCGGGGCAGGGCAGUGACGAGGUGCUGGUGUCGCAGGCGGUGUGGGAUUACCUUGCAGCCGCUGGACGACCCUGGUUGGUUGACUUCGAGGACAAGCAGGGACUGAGCGCAGACAUCAUCCGGCGCGGGGAGCGUGGUGGCUGCUGUGCUGUGCGGCUCUCCCCGGUGGAGGGCAGCAGCAGGGCAAGAACUGGGAUGAUGGAGGGGCCGGUUUCUCCUGUUACACGGAAAGCUUUCAUAGACUUAUGCCGCUGUGCCCGGAAGGAGAUGACCAAACAAGAGGCGGCUCCUAAAAGGAAACGUUCCCUGUUACCAUGCAUGACGGCAAUGGAACCCGACGGGGAAGGGACCUUGUUGCCUCCGCCUCCCCCUCAUCCACGGCGCUCGCAGAGGCAACAGCAGAAAUACAGGAAAAAUGCAGACAUGGACACCUGUGUGGUUUUACCCAUGCAACAUGAGCCCGCAGCAAGGACCGGCGCCGAAUUAGCCAUCGGUCAUGAAGAAGAGAGCACCGUUUGCUCUAUCUGCAUGGGCGAAAUGGUGGAAAAGACAACUCUGGACAAGUGCAGCCACUCGUUCUGUCGGUCCUGUUUAGAACAGGCGUUUCAAGUUAAAAAAGCAUGUCCUGUAUGCAGGCUGGUGUAUGGGCAGCUUAUUGGUAACCAACCGGCCAAUGGGACCAUGAUGGUAGAAAGAGACCCGGACCUGGAGUUGCCCGGCCAUGAAGGUUAUGGCUGCAUAUGCAUUAUUUACAGUUUCCCUCCCGGUUUGCAAGCGCAAGAGCAUCCAAACCCUGGGGUGAGGUAUCCAGGCACAGACCGAGUGGCAUACCUGCCAGACAGCCCUGAGGGAAACCGUGUCUUCCGCAUGCUGCGGCGGGCCUUUGAGCAGCGCCUCAUCUUCACCAUAGGCACCUCCAUGACCACCGGCAUGCAUAAUGUUAUUACCUGGAAUGAUAUCCACCACAAGACCUCCAUAUGGGGCGGACCACGAUGCUUUGGUUAUCCAGAUCCUACAUACCUUGUGCGGGUGACAGAGGAACUGGGGGAGAAAGGAAUAACAGCUGAUUGAUUCAUGUCGAGCACUUGAAGUUUCAAAAGGAUGGCAAACGUGUGCUUGACCACAGUCUCUUCACAAACACACUGUGUCGAAUCAAGCCACAGUCAUCUGCUGCAGCAUUGAUUUGGUCAGGACACUGUUUCACAAUGUUUCAUUUCAGUCUUUAUGUUUAGCUUUGUUCUUUAGUUUACCUGAGUGAAGGCAGCGUGUUUCACAUUUUCUUUGGUAUAAACCUGGGGUGCACUUUACUGAGACAGAUUGUUCAAUAUACUCAGCUGAGUUUAAGAUACCCACUGGACUGCUAAAAUGUGAAUGUUAUGAAGGUGUACAUGAUUCCUCAUCUACAGUACAAACCUCCUCUUCCCUGUUUCAGGUUAGAAUCACUAGGCUGCUGGCCUCCCACUUCUAACUCAGUUUCUUCCAUCCAAACUAUCCUUAAUAACAACUGAUGGUAACAUCUGGAUGGAGACAAAUGAGGGACAAAUGGCAUUGCACAGUUAAAUGGGUACAGCUGGGACAAUCCCACACAACCUUUUUUUUCUAGUAAUCAGCACUAAGAGGCACUUUGCAAUGGACGUAAUCUUUUUAUUAUGAGAAUUUAAAGUGGGUUCUGCCUGGUCUUCCAGAGUGCAGGAUCUAGAGAGGUUAUUUGUGGGCCUUUCUAAUUAUAAAGUCCUAUUAAAAGAAAUGCAAGUCGAUUUCAGUUUGUCCUAGCUUUCAUCACUUAUAACGUCCGUUUUUUUGUCUUUAAUUUCAAUAUGAUGUGCAUAAAAAGUAAUAUUUUUGCUUUGUUUGUUGGGUUCAGUUUUCCCAAGUUUGUAUUUUUAGGCUGUUUACAGAUUUUUGAGUACAUCCAUUUUGGAUGUCAAAACUUCUGUUACGUAUAUAAAAAAUGAUGUCAAAUUGAAAGGGCGUGUAAACCACUUAAACCAAACUAAAACGUAAUAGCUCAAAACUUUGCUGUAACCAUUGUGUUUAUGUCUCAGACUUGGAGCAAAGCCUAGCACUCAGUUUAUUUUGAAGAAUCAGCAGAUUUGUCCAUACAAAAUUUGCUGAAGUAGAAAACAAUUCAGUAACACAGCGAAUGAGUCUCACAAAAAUACGUCCAGGUCACAUUUAACCCUAAAAUCAAAAGAAAUAAAUGAGGAAUUAUAUUUUGCAUUUAACUUAUU